AUGUCAGACUUGAUGGACAACGUCGACUCGAACCCAGAAGGCCAGCGACGCAUAUUCACGUUGUUUAGGGGUGAGCAUACCUUCUCUGGAUUGAUCGAAUGGACGACAGCGAUGCCAAAGACCUUGGAGCCAUGUCUGGCAGUGGUUGAAGAGAGGCUACCCACGGAUGAGAACCGACCAGAAGAGGCUCGCACCCUAGUAUUUAAUCACUUCUUCAACGAUGGGCCCAGGAUCGGCUUAGUCUACAAGUGCGUUAAGCAGCCUAUCGAUCUGCGCGAGGCCAUUACACGCAUCCCAAAGCCCUCCCCGGAACACAGGCGUGCUCUUGGCAGAACUAUAGCGACACAGGUCCGGUCCCUGUACGUCCACUUUCAGAUCAAUCACCCAGCUUUGCGGACCGAAAGCUUCAUCUUCUUCGUGAAUUCCGACCCAAAUCUUACCACGCCUUAUAUUCUUGACUGGGCGCGACUAGCAUCUCCCGAGAUGUACCAACAUCCUGAACACCAAGCAGGAAAACCUCUCUGGUCCGACCACGUCUGGUCGCUGAUGAUGGUGCUCUCUGAGAUUGCUGACUGGAAGCCACUUGAAAAAGAAAUUCUGGACCACGCCGAGUUGCGGAGCAGGAAACUUGAGAGAAAGCGACUGGUGACAAAUCCGAGCUGGAAGGAUGCCAUGACCGCUGAGUUUUUCCAGUUCGGCUUUGAAUUUCUUGAGAAGGAUCGCAGCACACUUGAGGAGUACAGCCGUUGGAAGGUCAAACGCUUCUAUGAUAGAUUGUGUAAGCUUCUGGAGCCGUUGUGA